AGGACUUGAGCUUGGUGCGUUGAUCAUACAAUCAGCAAUAUUCACUAUGAUCGGCCCCCGGAUCCUCGCCCUUGUUGCUGCAGCUGUGGUGUCCACGACUGCGUCGCCGGUGCUGCGUACGCGCUCGCCCUACGCUGUCAAGGAUUCACACAAUGUCCCGCGCAGCUGGUCGCGCCUUAGCUCUGCACCAGGCGACCACAUGAUCAACCUGCAAAUUGGCCUGAAGCAGGGUCAAUUUGAUGAGUUGGAGAGGCAUCUCUACGAGGUGUCCGAUCCUGCUCACGAUCGUUAUGGAAACCACUUGAGCAUCGAUGAGGUCAAUGACUUGAUUAAGCCAGAGGACGAGACUCUGAACCUUGUUCAUGAGUGGCUCGAAGACAUGGGCAUUGAGCGCGCCAACCUUGACUACAGCCCUGCCAAGGACUGGAUUAAGGUUUCUUUGUCUGUUAGCGACGUUGAGCGUCUACUUGACACCGAGUACUCCGUCUACGAGCAUGAAAAUGGCGGCCAAGUUGUUCGCACGCCGAAAUGGUCCCUCCCUGUUCAUUUGCACGAGCACGUCGAGACCAUCCAGCCCACCAACUCUUUCUUCCGUCCCACGCCGCGCCGCAAGCAUCUGAAAGAGGUCAAGGAAACCGAUUCUCAGCGCAAAGCUAUUCAAGCCUACAAAGAACCCGCAAGCCACGACCUCUCCGAAGUCUGUGACGAAAGUAGCAUUACUCCUACUUGCCUGCGCGUCCUGUACGGCACCAUUGACUACGUCCCCCAGGUCCCCGGCCAAAACAAAAUUGGGCUGGCCAACUACCUCGACGAAACCAGCAACCGCUCGGAUGUGAGCAUCUUUCUGCAGCAGUUCCGUCCCGACGCCGUGAGCGCAGCGUACAACUUCACAAUUGAAGUCAUCAACGAUGGCGACAACACGCAGAUGCCCAACACGCCCGAACAGAAUGACGACGGCAAGGAUGAGGAAGCCAACCUCGACGCCGAAACCAUUCUCGGUAUCAGCUACCCAACGCCCAUGAUUGCGUACAACACCGGCGGCAACGCACCGUCAAUCGCGGACGCUGUCACCGACGCCGACUCCAACGAGCCCUACCUCGUCUGGGUGCAGCACAUGCUCAGCCUGAAAGACAUUCCCCAAGUAAUCAGCACAUCGUACUCGGACAACGAGCAGACCGUCCCGCUCAGCUACGCACGCAGUGUAUGCCGGCAAUUUGCCCAGCUCGGCGCGCGCGGCGUAUCGCUACUCUUCGCGUCGGGCGACGACGGCGUCGGCCCCGAAGGCAACUGCAUCCUCAACGACGGCAGCAACCGGACCGUCUUCCUGCCCGAAUUCCCGAACAGCUGCCCCUACGUCACCAACGUCGGCGCAACAAAGGGCUUCGCGCCGGAAGUGGUCGCGCACGAUGAGGCCAACGGCUUCGCCUCCGGCGGCGGCUACUCGAACUACUUCGCGCAGCCGGCAUACCAGCGCGCGGUCGUGGAAGCGUACACGGCGAGCUUGGACGGCGCCUACAAGGGCUUGUUCAACGCAUCUGGCCGCGCGUACCCGGACCUCGCUGUCCAGGGCCAGCAUUACGCCGUCACGUGGGGCGGGCAAAACGUCCAUGUCGACGGGACCUCGGCCUCCACGCCUGCGGCUGCGGCGAUCAUCUCCCUGGUCAAUGACGCGCUGCUUGCGGCGGGCAAGAAGCAGCUGGGCUUCUUGAACCCCUGGCUGUAUGCGGGUGGCUGGAAGGCCUUUAACGAUGUCACGAGUGGUAGCGCGGUCGGCUGCGGUGUUGAUGGUUUUCCGGCGGCGGAGGGCUGGGAUGCUGCCACGGGUUGGGGCUCCCCGGAUUUUAAGAAGGUGUUGGAGGCGCUGGGCGUGCCGUUUAGUGCUGCUGCUGCUGCUCCUGCCCGUGGCGCUGGGAAGAAGGCUAAGGGGGCGUGAGUGGGGUGAGGUGGUUGGGUGGUUUUCAUUCAUACGCCCUUGUGUGCGCACACAGUACCUAAUGAUACCUAAGGUUUUGAUGAAAUGAAC